CCUUUCUUUCGGGCUCUUCUUUCGGAAGAAAAGUUAUUAAAAAUGUUAAAUGGAGGAACGAAUAGAAUCAUGGCAUUAGUACUUUACGUGUGAAAUCUAAACAUGUAUCACAACAAUUUAAGAAUCAUUGCAAUAAAACAUUCCGACACCUAUAAAUAUAUUACUUUAUCCAAUGUACAUUAUAUUCUACUUUCUUAAACAAUUGAUCCAUUGUAACUUCAUAACCACCAUCCCCCGUAUCAAACUGGUUCCAACCAUGGACUUAAUUCAGCAUUCUCCUACUGUUAUCGUUUGUACUCGUCCACGAUACAGAAACAAAGAAGAGUUUCGUUCAGCACGAUUCAAAGAUUCACCAAUUGUAUUGUUCGGUUUUCCCGGUCUAGAAAACGAUAAGGAGUCCCCGCCUUCAGAUAAUACCCAUCCGCUUGUAUGGUGCCACAACGAAGAAAACAAGAAUAAAGAAUUUCCAUGCAACUUUUGCGAGUGUAAGUUAGAUAGCACCACAGGCUAUUAUUUAUGCGAAGAGUUCGAUAAGAGGAUUUCUAAAAACAACACUGUUGGUUUUCAUAAAGAGUGUAUCAAACCGAUGACCAACAAUCCUUAUCAUCCUAAACAUCCGCUCCAAGUUCUCGUAUUUGCAACAGUGGUACCAAACAAAGUAUGCUAUUGUUGUUACACUUAUAGAACUCACUUUUACUAUUGUUUUAUAUGUAAUUUUAGCAUUUGUCGGGAUUGUGCGAGAAAACCGCUACUCCUUACAAUAGACCACAAGAAAAGGCAUGAACAUACACUCUACUACAUUCCUCGAGAAGCCUCCAUGACUUGCGAUGUUUGUGCUUUGGAUGAUCGAAGGUACUUUAUUUAUGUAUGUCAUCAAUGUGAUUAUGUAGUCCAUAAAAAGUGUAUAUAUUCACCAUACGUCAUAAAAAUUUCUCGUCAUGAACAUCGCCUCUCUUUCACUUCUUCGUUUCUUUCUGGAGAAUGGUUUUGCGGAAUUUGUCGGAAAAAAAUAAACCAAAAUUAUGGAGGAUAUUCUUGCGUGAAAGGUUGUUAUUAUGUUGCUCAUUCCCAGUGUGCUAUACAUAAAGAUGUAUGGGAUGGAAAAGAACUUGAAGGAGAACCAGAAGAAAUAUUUGAAAGCAUUAUGCCGUUUGAAGAGAUAAGUGAUGGAAUUAUAAAACAUUUCAGUCAUAAACAUCAUAUGAGACUCCUCCAAGAAGUUGAGAAAACAAAUAAGAUUAACAAACACUGUCAAGCAUGCGCAUUUCGGAUUUAUGAAGGUGACAUUUAUAAUUGCUUGGAAUGUGAUUUUGUUCUCCACAAAGUAUGUGCGUAUCUUCCAGUUAAAAAACAACAUGUGUUGCAUUCUCACCCUCUCUUCUUACAAGAGGAAAAUCUACAAACUACGUUUGGGUGUUCAGCUUGCUUUCGUGUAUGCAACAAUUUCAGGUAUGUGUGUCAAAUGGCCAAUUGUCUUUUCACAUUAGACGUGAAUUGUGCAGCUGUAUCUGUACCACUUAAUCAUCAAUGUCAUCCACAUCUUUUGUUCCUACCAUCUCAACCUGGAUCUGAAAGAAUUUGUUCGAUUUGUAAGAAAACUGAAAAGAUCCGUUUAGAAUGUGGAGAAUGUGAUUUUGUGUUUUGUUUUCGCUGUGCAAUUCUACCAAUGAAGUUCAAGUACCAGCAUGAUGAACAUCCUCUCAUAUUUUCAUAUGAAGAAGACUCGAAUGGUCAACACUGGUGUGAUGUCUGUGAAAAAGAAAUACUACCCAAGAAUGGAAUAUAUACGUGCAGUGAUUGUGACAUCCAACUCCAUAUCGAAUGCUUACACGGGAACAACAUGUAUUUGUUACCUUGUAAAUCGGUUAUACUUAAUGAAGGAAAAUACGAUAUUCUUUGCAAUGAUCUGCCCACACGGUACACAUGCAAACGAUGUCAUAAACGUUGCGAAGACAAGACCGUCUACAAGAGAUCCGACGAUGUAAUCUAUUGUUCUAUGUAUUGUAUAGUCUGUGAGAAAUAUGGAAUCAAAAAUUAAAUAAAAUAAACCAUGUAUAAAUAUUAUUUAUAAUAGUUGAAUAUUAA